GUUGAGACAGUGGCAUCAAAAAACGAAACGACGCCUCGCGACACUGCGUCGCAGCUGAUUGCACAUCGACCGUCGCCACCACGGUAGCUCGCGAGCCGCUGCGUAUUUACGAACCGAUUGAGCCGCCCGCUCUGCCGCUUCCAGGCACGAUAUCGCCGCCCGCACGAGAUUUGCAGCCCGUCCGGGACGACCCUGAGUCGCGCCGAAGUCGAUAGACAAACCUCGAGAAGAAUACCGUUCACAAUGGCCGCAAUGGCGACUUCGAUCGUCUCUCGGCUGUCGCCUCCAAGGGUCCUCGCUACCUCAAGAUGGGCGACGCUCUACAGCCAGCUCGUCAGCCCAAGCUUUCUGCCGUCCCUCGCUAUCGCCAUCCCUGGGGUCAGCCUCAGCCUGCCCACCCUCGAUGACAUCUGGGAAUCAGUGCUUCGCGCAGUACCGAAGAACAAGGUGUCCCAUUCCCGAAAGCGACACAGGCAAAUGGCUGGCAAGGCGCUCAAGGACGUCAACAGCCUGUGCAAGUGUCCCGGCUGCGGCGAGACUAAGAGGACGCACCGCUUGUGCCAAAGAUGUCUUGAAGACAUGAAGAGGAUAUGGCGCGAGGACUAUCCCACGGACAAGCCAUUCUAGGAUUUUGAUGGCGGAGAAAGGGACUCUGGUCUUGUAACAGAAAUUCUGUGUAUAUCAUGUCUGUGUCAGUUCAUGCAUUUGGUUGGCGUUUAGCUCGGUCCUUUGUAAAUCAUUGUUUAUAUAUGUGGAGGAACGAUGCGUCGAGGAAUUGAGACGUACCAACCCGUGA